AACAUUAAUGCAAGGUUGAUUUUGAAGCAGCUCUCAUAAUUUUCAACAGCUUGAUUGCUCAAUCUUCAUAAUUUCUUGCUACUAUUCUUCCACACAAUUGCCUUCAAAAUCAUCAAUAGAUCGAUAUUUUAGCAUUACAUUAUACACAUCUUUUCAAAUCAUUUACUAAAGUUCUUGAAUGUGGAAUUGAAAGUUUCUGAAAUUGUAUCAAAUCCAGCUGCCGCCGCCGUCGAGAGUUUAGUUUAAGCUUCAUUUUGGAGGAAAAUUGCAGACCUAAGCAAUUUCAUUUCAACAAUAUAUCGUAUCUCAGCUGAUAAUUUGGGUAUGGCGGCUUUUGGUGCGGCGGCUUCUCUCAAGAAUACGAUUCUGCGUAUUCUACAAUCGUCUCGCAUUUCUCUCGUUUCCCACUCUCCACAAAUCUUACAGCCUGCCUCCGACGGGAUGGAUCGAUUGCAGAAAGUUCUGCGAAAAUUGGACGAGACCAGCUGCAGCAAGAUCAGGACGGAGGUGAAUGCUUUGGAUGAACUCAUCAAAGAGGCAGUUUGGGAAUUCGAAGAUUUACUCGAAUCCCAUGUCUUACCUGAGAUUCUUCCACAACUCCAAAGCGAGAGAAGCAACUUGUCAUUCUCUGUAGAUUUGCAGAGUCUGCAACACCAUGUUGAUUGUUUCGUCGAGAUGGUGAAGAUGAUGGAGGAGGAGUACAUCAUUGAAAUGGAGAAUAUGGCUGAAGAAGAAGGCGAGCCUAUUUCCUCAAGAAUCGAUUUUGGUGGAAUCAAGUCAAAUAUGGUUGGAAGAUCUUAUGCAUUUCAAGACGCUAGAGAUAAUCUUCUUGAAGAUAAACACUAUUCGAUUAUUGGGAUGGCGGGCGUUGGAAAGACAACUCUUGCUAAACAUAUUUUUGAAGAUCCAUCAAUUCGGAGCCAUUUUGAGUUUCGAGCAUGGGUCAAAGUGGGCAGAAAAUGCGAGCCCAAUGAACUAUUACGCUGUGUUCUAGCUCAAGUGGAUCCUAACGCUUACCGAAUGCUUGCCCAAGGAGAUGAUGACGAUGAGGAAGUAGUUGAACUAUUGAAAGAAAAAUUGCAGGAUAAGAAAUGCCUCAUCGUGUUGGAUGAUGUUUGGGAGGAACAAGCAGUAGAUCGCUUGAUAAAUUGCUUGCUAGAAAAGAAUACUCUUGGAGGGAUUCAGUUCUUACUUACAAGUAGACAACGUAUAACAUACAAGCAGCAUGGGGGCAUGAGAUUGAGAUUGUUGAAUGAAGAAGAUAGUAAGAAUCUACUUGGUGAGAAGGUGUUUGGUGUGAAGGUGUUUAGUGAAGACGGUUUCCCUCCUCAACUUGAGAAACUGGGAGAGAAGAUUGCAUUGAAAUGUGAAGGUCUUCCUCUUAUCAUAGUCACAGUUGCAGAGCUCCUAUCAAAAGCCGACAAGACCCCAGAAUACUGGACUGAGGUAGCCUACAAACAACACAACUCACUUUUCAAGGAUGCAUAUAAUCAAAUAUCAGAGGUACUUUUCCCAAGUUAUGACUACUUACCCCAACAUUUAAAAAUGUUCUUCCUCUAUAUGGGAGCUUUCCCUCCAUAUAUCAAUCAUACUCCAUCCGGUAUCAAUUAUCUGUUGAGUGCUGAGGGCUUUCUUGAACUGAAUGUUGAAAAGGGUUUUGAAGGUUUCUGGGAAAAGCUUUCUAAGUCGUAUCAUCUUGUUCUCGACACAGAAAAUUCUUGGUAUUUGGAUAGGCAGUAUCGCGUGCAUUCUUGUUGGCAGCACUUAUGUAAGGUAGAAGCUAGUAGGAUCAAGUUUCUACAUGUCUUACGAGGUUGUGAUGAUGUAAUAAAAGACCAACGUCGCUUGUGUGCCCAUUACAAUAGUUUAUUUGGCUUCAAACAAGUGUAUGAUUCGAUAAAAAGUGAUUGUGCAUCCACUGUCCGUUCUCUCCUUUGUGUUGGUCCUUAUCACCCAUAUCCAAUCCCAAUACUUGCCAUGGGUUUCAAGUUGCUCAGGGUACUAUAUGCUCUUGGAGUUCGAUUUUACCAUAUCCCAAUUGAAAUUUUGAAACUUGUUUGUCUGCGGUACCUUUCCCUAAAAUGCAACGGGGAGCUCCCUCCUUCCAUAUCCAACCUUUUUCACCUUCAAUUCUUGAUUAUCCAUCCACAUAUGUUCAUUAAAAAGCGUGGAGUUCAGUCUUAUAUGCCUGUGCAAAUUUGGGACAUGCAAGAACUAGAGCGUAUUAGUGUUUGGAGAAGGGACCUACCAACCCCUAAUACUGAUGAUGGUACCUUGAACAAACUCACCUCACUUAUUGGUGUGAGUGCAAAGAGUUGUACAAUGGAAGUUCUCAAAAGAAUUCCUAAUUUAAAGGAAUUAGGAAUUCAAGUGGAGUUGAAGCCUUAUGAUGAUGAUGAUGAUGAUGAAAGAAACCCAUCGAGUUGCUUGGGUUAUAUCUCACAACUCCAGAAUUUGGAGACACUUAAAUAUCGGGUUUAUAAUCCUGAGAUAAAGUAUGAGUGUAAUACGAUUCCUCUUUCAAUGUUUCCAUCAAGUCUCAAGGUGUUAUAUUUGUCUGGGUUAGGGGGGUAUCCUUGGAAUUAUAUGAAUGACAUUGGUUCGCUGUUGCCAAAUCUCGAGAUUCUCAUUUUAUAUUGCUAUGCAUUUCAAGGCCCAGAGUGGGACAUAACACCGGGGAAUUUUUUGAAACUUAUUGAACUUCAAAUUGAAGACACCGAUUUGGUGCGAUGGAGACCUCAACGUGGAAGCUUCCCGGAGCUUCGUAGACUAAGCAUGCAGCAUUGCUACAAAUUACAACAGCUCGAUUGGCCGUAUGAUCACUCUUGGAUAGAGAUCAUUGAUUUACUCGAGUGCAAUCCUUUAGCUGUAGCUUGUGCCACGGAAUUAAAAAACAAGUUUUCCUUUAAACUUAAUGUUAGAUGUUCUUUUUGAGGUCAAGUGGCUCUGCGACUUGCCAAACAGGCAAAUGAAAGAGACGAUCGAGAGUUGCUUCCCCUGCCGCAGGUGAGUUUCUGCUGUCUGUAGAUUACUAGUAACUUGUUUAACAAACGUCGAGGCCUUUGUAUUACGAGCUGCUGUUUUUGAAGAUCUCUUCGCAAGAUUCUUAAGGAGUUCACUUGUUCAAGGCGCCAUAAGGUAUGAAUCGCCUUAUUGGCGAGGAAUUGCAGCUAGACGGAUCCAACUCGCGUGGAGAUGCAGAAAGAAGCAAACGAAUCGAGCUGAGUCAAGUCGAGUAGAUUCCUCAAACUCACCGUCAUCUCGGACUAGAAGCAGACGCAGAUAGACUUGUUGGAGUAACGGAUUCUAGCCAACUGAAAGGAUCUUCGAUGCACGAUCUCCUUCCUCGUUCGAUAGCGUGUUCGUGCUCGUACGUAAGAUGAGGCAAAUGAAAGAGCUGAUCGGAGGAUUUUGUCGAUGAUUGUGAAAACUUGAGUGCUGAAUUGUGUUUGUAAUUAACCAGAACUGUUUGAAAGUUGGAUUAGUGUGAAAACAUUAGUCCCUUUCUGAAGGAUUAGUGAAGGGUAGCUUAUGUUGCUUCUGAAUGGAGAGUUGCUUCCCUUGCCGCAGAUUAUUAUAUUAUGUAUAAUGCAUAACCUAUAAAUGAAUCGAGUAACUGAAAGUAUUGGGCUCGUUAGCUUGCAAACACGUUCGUGUAUAGCAUUGUGAGCAUCAUAUAUUUGGUGACGAGCUCGGUUGCAAGGGCACAUCAUAUAUCGCUACUCGUUGCCUUCUUCGCG